GUCCAAUGGUGAAUUUUACUUUUAAUCGGAAUGCUCAAUGACCAGUGCUCAUGUUAAUUUUGUUUCACUUUAGGUUCGACUGGCCUUCUAAGAACCUUGUCGGACUGAAAUGAAUGACGCUGAGGGGAAGAGCAGUGUGGCCCGUUUGCUCAACGCCGUUGAGUGUGACCUGGUGGCAGGCAGUGAGAAGGGAGAUCCCACCGAAAAGCAAUUGAAAGUGGUCCUGGAAGAUGCAAAUCUUUGGCAAAAGUUCAAAGCAGUUACCAACGAAAUGAUUGUCACCAAGAAUGGAAGACGGAUGUUUCCAGUUCUGAAAAUAAGUGUAUCUGGAUUGGAUCCAAAUGGCAUGUAUUCAUUCCUGCUAGAUUUUGUUGCUGCUGACAGUCAUCGUUGGAAAUAUGUGAAUGGUGAAUGGAUUCCAGCUGGUAAACUGGAACCUCUGACACAAAGCUGUGUUUACAUCCACCCAGAGUCCCCCAACUUUGGUGCACACUGGAUGAAAGCACCAAUAUCUUUCAGUAAAGUCAAGUUAACAAAUAAAGCCAACACCACUGGACAGGUAAUUCUAAAUUCUCUGCAUAAAUAUAAGCCCCAGGUUCACAUAGUGCGCGUAGGGGGCCCUCACAGGAUGAUUUCUAAUCACUCUUUCCCUGAAACCCAGUUCAUUGCAGUGACUGCAUAUCAGAAUGAAGAGGUAACAGCUCUGAAGAUUAAGAAUAAUCCCUUUGCAAAAGCCUUCCUGGAUUCUAAAGAAAGAACCAGUUAUAAGGAGAGUUCAGAUGACCUUCCUGGAAAUCACCACUUGAGCUACUCUCACAUAAGCAGCUGGUUGAUACCUAAUGGUGAGACUAUUUGUACCCCAGCAAAUCCAAGUUACCAGUACCAUGCUGGUUUACCACUUCCUAGUGGUGCCCAUUCAUUCCAUAACUGUGAACGGUACAGUCCACGGCGCAGCCACCUUGCCACACCAUAUCCAACAUCCUACGUACAUAGAAAUUACCCAACAGUGCCCUUUGCAGAAAACACUAGUAACAGCCUUCAGGCUAUACCAGGGCAUGACAACUGGUCAACCUUGCCACCACCCCCACAUGCCAACAUGUUACCACUGACUCAUGCAUCUGGAACUGGAUCGAAUUCCAGCCAGUAUACAUGCCACUGGACUGUGGGCAAUCGUUCAGCUAGUCCAACUAACCAACUGAGCUCAGCUGCUGGAAACCCUCAAAGUCCAUUUAUUCGAGGAAACUUGAGCUUGCCGACAACUCCUUCAUCCCUAGUUACUGUGACAAGUUCAAAUGGAGCAGCAAUGGAGAUGAUCAGUGAAUCCCCAUUAACCAGGCUUGUGGUAUCAUCGUGGAGCUCAAGUUCAUCUCCAUCAUUCUGAUACUUGUGAUGUUUGAUUACUGUGGUCAUCUACUUCAGCAACAUACAGAAUUAACUUUUAUCUGCAUACAUUUAUCUAGUUGUGUUCUAGACUUUAAAAUAUUGAAAUGUGAGAAUGAUCCCCAAAAGGAAUAUAUGGCAUGUUGGGUUAGAAGUGUGCCCUCUUUAGCUGAAAGUCUCCUCUGUCUGCCAGCCACAAUCCUAAACAAAACCUUGAGUGACUUAUGUUCAGUUCCCGCUGAAUCUAUGAUCAAUCUGUUAAAUUAAAUACUAAUCUUAAGAUUCAAGUUGGAAAAAGAUGAAAGUGAUAUAGUUAAAGUGCAACCAAAUGAAAUCUUUUCAACUUCAUACAAUGGAUUUAUACUGAAAUUGGGGAUAAAUCAUUUUGAUAAGUUCUGCAAAUAGUGGGCGGUUGAUUAUCAGUGCCAAUUCUGUGAGGUAAAGGCUCUGUUUCCCUGCUGUAUCUCUCAAUGACUGAGUUCAUCUUCCAUUUGUGGUGGCCUGCAUCUUAAGCCCAGAAUACCUUGCUAAUUUUCAACCAGACACCAAAGCCCCCAUUGAGUUGCACUUUUACUAUCCAGUGCCGUUUGUACAACAUUUGCGUAAACUUUAGGAUUGAAUUUCAAACAAAAAUUAUGUUUGGUUCAGAUUCAGUAGUAGCUGGUUCUGCCUCCAAAAUCACCCACAGCUCCAUAACAAAUUCAUUGGCAGGUUGCAUGCCCAUCCAUUUGUUUGCUAACAGAUGUCUUUUUAAAAUUAAACUAAUUUUGGUG